AUGAUAAGUUCGUGGACAGAAUCUCGGCCAUCAGCUCAGCAAUUACAACAGCUUACACCUCAGCAGCGGUUGGCGCUACAGCAGCAGAUGCAGAAUCGACAAAAAAAUACUGGCCAAGAUGGGCAACUUGCCAACUCAAAUAUGGGUCUGUCAGAUAGGACCCAUAGUCAAAGUCAGCUUUCCCACCAACAACAACAGCAGUUGCUUCUCCAACAGCAACUCAAACAGGCACGAGAAAGACCUGGAGGUUUUAGUUUUGCCACAACCUCGGCAGAAAUUUUGAAGAAGUUUGCAAAGUACCCCCCUUCACUCACAUUUCACAUAUAUGAGAAUCAUUUCCGCUUCAACAACACCACAGACUCCAACAUGAUACCCAAAGAUAGCCCUAUGGCCAAGUCAUUCUUCCAACAUAUUUUGAGAGAGGAAAUUCCUCUGGAAAUGACAGAACUAUUGAAGGACUGCGCCGUCAAGUUCUAUGAAGGGUGUAUCAUACUUCAGGUCUAUGACCAUCGCAAGGUGAAUGGGUCGAAAGACGAGAAAAGUGGUAGGAAUAACGGAGAGCAUCUGUCGCCGCAAAAGGACGACGAUAAGGCGCCGAAUGGAGAAGCGAAGAAGUCCCCUGCUGAGCAGAGUCCUAAGAGUCAACCUCAAGUGCAGCCAAAGACCUACAGAACGCUAUUGCGCCCCACAUCUCUCUCGCUAUACUAUGAUCUACUAUUUCAAACGGAUCUGGCUCUCACUAAAUUCACAGACACCAUUUCUUUGCUGAUAGAGCUGGAAAUUCUCACAUUGACAAACAGAAAGCUCGAUUUGAGCGUGCCGCUAAAUCCGUAUAAGCUAGAUAAGGCUCUACAGCCGGCUCAUGAAUUCCCCAAGAAAGUUUGGGAUGAGGCCAAGCAGGACUGGAAAGUGGUUCACUCGCAUAGGAAAGAGACCCCAAGAGAACUGCGGAAGCUUCAUCAAGACCAGUUUGUCAUGCAUAAAUCCUCUGAAUACGAGGAGCUCAUGUUCUUGCUUUCUAGUCGAAACAAAAAUCCUUCCGAGAGCACAUCAGAACACAAGCUUGUCGUUGUUGAACCGUCCAGUCAUGGCUCCUCAGAUGCCGUUAGCUUGGAGAGCACUCCUUCUGUCUUGCCUACACCUGCUUCUGCUCCGGCCACUGCGGCCAAUGGUGCAAGCUCUGGAGACAUCAAUGGAGUGGCUGAAAGGAAACGGAGCGAGAAACCUAGUGCUCUCAGUACCACAGCUUCGAUGCUUGCAGGAAAUUCUUCUGGUCAAUUUAUGCGUUUGCGGUUCAUUGAAGAGAUCAGGAAGCGGAAAGAAAGUCAAAAGGCUCAAACAGGUACCAGUGUUGCAAACACGGCUGGGUUGGGUUCUGUUGGUUCUCAGGCGGCAAGUGGUACCGCCUCUCCAGUGCCUGGUAUGAAGAACGGCAACAUUAAUGCUGCAUCUGCUGCAGCAAAUCUUCAAAGACAGCAGCAGUUGAAGCAGCAGGCUCUGGCAAAGCUCAUGCUGGCACAGCUCCAGCAACAACAAUUCCAACAGCAACAGCAGCAGCAACAACAACAACAAGCUCAGCAGCGCCCUCAACAACAAGCGCAACAGCCACAGCAGCCCUCUCAACAAGCUCAGAAUGCCCAACAAAGGUAUUGGCAGAAGAUGCAGCAGAGCAGACUCAAGCAGCAGCAGCAGCAGCAGCAACAACAACAACGGAUGGGCCAGCUUAAUGCCAAUGCUACGGGAGCCAACGCCAAUGCUCCCAAUUUGUCGCUGGCGAUGGCACAGAACUUUCAGAACGCUCAGAUGCAAAAAAACAUGCUCAGACAGAAUGUCCCAAAUAAUCAGAGCAUGAAUCAGGCAGUAAACCCAAGCAUGAGCCCCAACAUGAACCAAAUGCUGCAGGGCAUUAACCAAGGGAUGGCUCAAAAUAUGGGCUUGAGCCCAAAUAUGGGCAACCUCAACAUGAGUCAGAGAACCAACUACAAUGGAAUGCCACAAAACAUGAGUCCGCAAAUGCAGCAGGCAAUGCCCCCGCUGAACCUGCAACAGUCGCAGUCUCCAGGACCAUCUCAAGCGGCCCUCUCAGACAGAGCCAAGCAGCUUCGGGCCCAGCAAUACCAACAGCUUCAGCAAGCUCGUCAGCAACAGCUUAGACAACUGCAACAACAGGCACAAUCACAACAAAAGCAAGUCAAGAGACAGAAAGUGGGACAGGGGCAGAUAGAUCCGCAACUGCAACAGCAGCAACUGCAGCAAUUUGCCCAAGGAAGAGGAAGCAUCGGAAAUCCCAUGGCUCAGAUGGGAUCGCAGCCCUCUUCUCAAAUGGGUACGCCGGUUAUGCAAAACGGUACUAUGGCGACACCAAGGAUGGGCAAUAUGGCUCAGUCAUCGCCUCAAAUGGGCCAGCAGAUGAACCCCAUGGCUCAACAGAGCCAAGGUCCUCGGCCGGCGACUCAGCCACAAGGUGCUUCUGGACCUGGUGGUCCGCAAUUGACAUUGCAGCAGCAACAGCAGCAGAUUUUCCAGAUGUCUUUGUCAGCACAAGAGCAGCAUGUUUUUAAGCAGUUGCAAGCUAGAAUGAAUACUUUGGUGCAAAUGGGCAACACAGGGCUUGCACCUAACAAGACCAGGCUCAACCAGCAGCAACAGCAGCAUGCAAUGCAGCAGGCUAAGCAAAUACAGCAGCUGUUACUUCAGAAGUUCCCUACGUAUUUCCAGCGGCUUCGCCAGUUCCAAGCACAUCACAGACAAAAGGCUUUGCGUCAACAACAACAGCAGCAACAGCAACAACAACAACAACCGCAAAAUCCCUCUCUGAUGGGUAACAUGGAUACUGCAAUGUAUUCACAAAACAUGAACAUGAAUCUGCCAGCAAUGCAACAGCAGAUGAUGAACCUGCCUGUUAUGGGCCAGAUGAACAACAUGCAAGGUCAGAUGAAGAGGUAA